AUCGUGCCAUAUUUGAUAUAUGUCUUCAUUGAAACAAAGUCCGUAAAGGCCUUACUUUGCGUACAUAACUCAUCGUCAUGGGACGGACCUUCUUUAUACCGGUGCUUUGCAUAUUGUUUCGAUGCGUUUUUACAUUGUCAUCAUCGGAGGCUCCAGCAGACUACCCGCUUGAAAUACCAGUCCCGUGGCCUUCGGGAACCUACGGACUUAUCAAAGCCCGUUCGGGAUGUCCUGGCGACCAAGUCAACUGGCAAUCGGGUUGGAGAUAUCAGGAUACCGAGGAUCAUGGCACGAGUAACAGAUAUAGUGACUAUAUCACGUACUAUCUGGCAGGUGACUUUGGAUCAAACAUCAGAACAGAAUUCUGCAUCAAGACUCGCAGUACCACGUCAGAUAUCCUGAGUAGAUGGCCAGAGGGCUCAUACUGUAUUCUGAAAUACAUAACUUGCCCGAAUGAUUUCCAGGAGGGGUAUAUUUACUGGGACGACGAGGAUCACGGAAAUGCUAACGAUAAGUGGGGCGUCAUGCCAGAUGGGAAUUAUGGUGCAAACACUCGCAUCGACUACUGCUGCAGAAACGACUCGCUGCAUAACGAGGCAAUUUCGCUACCGACGGACCGGCCGUUCGUUCUGAUGCGCUUCGGAGGCACAUGCCAGUUGGUCGAAGGAAUGGACGCGCGUGACUUACACAUUCGUUGGGAUGACGACGACACGGACAACAACGACUCAGCCGACGGAAUGCAUCCGGACGAUACGGACGCAAAUCAAAAUCACGAGUUGCAUUUCUGUUACUACCAGUCAUCGGGUCACGGGUUUAUCAUAGGAUAAUUUUUGACACAGUUGGCAUUUGACCCGCAGGAUGUUUGUCAACGUUCGGAACUUAAUUGGAUGACCGCAUGUUUCCUGUUUACAUUUUGAUAAACAAAAUACCCUAAACUCAAUAAAGUCUGACUGUUG